ACGAAAGGCGGAAGGUUCAAUAUUUUGGAUGUCGCAGCCCGCCAAACUGAGAUCCGAAGAGACCUAAUGUCAAAAUCCCCAACUUCUGAGUCCCCUGCAAAGCGACGCCGGGACAUGAUGCUUCGCGUUCUGGGUGUGCGACUUCUGUCGCGUCUGCUGGUCCUCGUCUGUUCCUUGUCGUUGCUGUCGCUCCUUUUCCUGAGCAGAUGCGGUUUCAACAAUUUGGAGAGUGACUUAAUCGACACUGCCGGCCCCGUUACGACGACCAGUCUUGCCGAGGCAAAUCAACGGGAGGAGGAAACUCGUCUUGAAGUCGAAAGGCUUACGGCUGAAAUAAGAACCCUGAAAUUGCAGAUCCUUCAGCUAACAGGUGGUCCACCGGGUCACAGCGAGGUGGCGUCUCUGCUGAACACGACGGACGUCGGGGACUGUCUGGCUGCACGGCGUCAGGUCGAUUUGGCAGAAAUAUCCCAGGGUCUUCCGCACAACAACGAGUACGAGCUGAUAGCGUUCAGCCAUUUCACCUUCUCGCGCGUCUAUCCGGUGGACCUCGGUCUGGGAAAGCGGGUCGUCGAGAAGCCGAUCGGAUUCAAACGAAAGGACCUCCUGGAGGCGUUGACCAAGGCGGUGGACACCCUGAACCGUAACACGAGUCAACUGCCGACGAAGUACACCCUGGAGGACUUCCUCGAGGGUCUUUACAGGGUCGAACCGACGACCGGCACCCAGUACGAGAUGUACUUCAGGACGAAGAACCUCAACAAGAGCACCCAGAGCACUUCCAACGGGUACACCAAGGUGACCCUGAUGCGACCUUACACGCCGAUCCAGUUCGUCGCGACGGAAAGACAGCCGGCAAAGGAGAAGGAGCUCAUCCACAUUAUCCUGCCGUUGUCGGGGCGCACGAGCACCUUUCAAAGCUUUAUGGACAAGUUUGUGAAGAUUGGACUGAAGAACGACAAGCGGGUGCAUUUGACCGUCGUUUACUUCGGCACCGAGGGACUUUCCGAGGCUCGGGCCAUCAUGUCGCGGGUUCUUAUGACCCGCGGAAGCGGCGGCAGCAAUCAGAACCUCAGGCUAUUGGCUCUCAACGAAACUUUCUCAAGGGGGAAGGGACUUCGCGUUGGUGCUGAAAGGGCCUGGGGUGGUGAAGCCGACGUUCUUCUCUUCAUGUGCGACGUUGACGUCGUUUUUAGCGCGAGGUUCCUUGACAGAUGUCGAUGGAACACCGCGCCGGGUCGGAAGGUUUACUACCCGAUAGUUUUCAGUCUGUACAACCCCCACGUGGUCUACACUCUUCAGGGACGCGAAGUGCCUCCUGAGACGGAUCAGCUUGUCAUAUCCAGAGACACAGGAUUCUGGAGAGACUUCGGUUACGGAAUGACCUGCCAGUAUAGGUCCGACUUUUUGAGGGUGCGUGGCUUCGACGAGGACAUCGUCGGAUGGGGUGGCGAGGACGUCACUCUUUACCGGAAAUACGUCCGAAGCAACAUCAAGGUCAUCCGGGCAACCGAUCCGGGAAUUUUCCACAUCUGGCACCCGAAGGUCUGCUCCGGGGGUCCUGGUCAGCGGCUUUCGACGGACCAAUAUCGCGCCUGCAUAAGAUCGAGGGCUCUGAACGAGGCGUCACACGCGCAGCUCGGUUUCCUGGCGUUUCGCGAGGACAUCGCCAGCCAGGCGAUAAACGUGAAGUCUAUGGCGAACAAAAAGAAAAAAACAUCGUCGAAAAAGGAGAAGAAGAAACUCACCAAGGUCCAGGUCAAAAAUCAACCCCUACAAAUCAAAGAGAAACCGCUCGGGCGAACUUCCGAGGAUCAGACCUGAUCUAUCGUGAAUAAUAAAAAUCCACGAUGCGAAUUCUGAGUGGUUUCUUAGUGUGUAUACACGUUUUACACACGUAUUCACGUAUACAUAUGAAGUGUGAUUUAUAUAUUAUGUAUAAAGAAGACAGGGUUGGAUAUCGAAACGUUUUGUCAAAUUCCAUUAUCGAACGAGGGGUGUGACGAUCUCGAGAUAUUAUAUGUAUAAAUAAGCGUCCGGUAAGAUACAUAUGUAAAUAGGGAAUUCGUGCUGUUAUUUAUUGUGUAAAAAGUAUGUAAUUGCAUAUAUACAUAUAUAUAUAUAUAUACAUAAUAUUUAUACAUUACAUAAUACAUAGAUGAUUGUGAUGAUGAUGCGACGUUUUCAAAAUACACUGAUAUACGAUAUAUCGUGCUAAUUAAAAAGAAAAAAAAAAAAAUGAAUGACGAUCUUUAAUCACGACAGAAGAACCAGUGAUUGAUUCGAUUGUCGGACUCGGUAAUAAUAGUGAAAAUUAUUGAUCAAUGAAAUUAUACAACGUAUUUCCACCUAUGGAAAUGAAAGAAAAAAAAGAAAUAAAAAAACGAAAAAGAGGAAGUAUGAUAGACACGACUAGUCAAG